AUGGCGAAUCCGUCAUGUGGCCGAUGCACUUUUUGUGUGCGCGGCUCCGACAAUGUGUGUCCAAGCUCGCUUCUCCCGGCACACAGGGUGUUUGGUGGAUAUGCCGAGUACAUUUUGAUACCUGAGUAUGGCGCUCUCAAGGCCCCUUCCACGAUCAGCUAUGAGAAACUGGCUUGUCUUUUGUGGGCAUAUCCUACGAUACUCACCGCCCUCGAGAACUCCGCCAAACUGCGAGCAGGGGAGUCAAUCCUAGUUACAGGAGCUUCAGGAGGGUUGGGAAUUGCCACGAUCCAACUGGCGAAACUUUCCGGGGCUAUGCCAAUCAUUGCUCUAUCGUCGGACCCGUCCAAACGCGAACAACUCUUAGCGACCGGAGCGGACGUUGUACUGAACUGGAGAGACACCGACGUUGAAGCUCAAAUUCGGGCAAAAACAUUGGAAGGACUCGGUGUCGAUGUUGUCAUAGACAACGUGGGAGGAAAGAUGGCGAAACUUGGACUCGACAGUGCCAGGUUAAAUGGUCGAGUCGUCCUACUUGCACCGAUGGGUGGUGAGACACUAGAAGUGAACAUUACGAAGUUUUUUGUGAAAAACAUUUCUUUGCUGGGUUCACGGUCAAGUACUAGGAGGAAUCAGGAAUUGAUACUAGAGCUAGCUGCCGCAGGGAAAAUUGACCCAAUCAUUAGCCACCGAUUUCCGUUGUCCCAAGUGGCAGAAGGCCACAAAGUGCUCGAGUCUGCACGACAUAUUGGAAAGGUCGUGCUGUUGCCGGAGGCAGCUGCAGGAGACUAG